UCAUGCCGUUAGCCACAGCCAGGGCCAUGCUAGAGUCAAAAACCGUGACUGCUAUGAGGUCGAAAUAUUAAAAAUUGGUGUUAUCUAAAUAAAUUACAAUUCGUUGCAAGUAACAUUGAACUUAGAGUAGUAAAAACCGAGUACCUGUGGCCCACCGACUUUUAUUUGAAUCACAUGUCAGUAUCCUUCGUGGAAUCAGUUCAAUUUCGUGCUGGGGUAGUAUGACAAUUCAUACGCGUUAGUGGCUAUAAAGUCAAUGCUGCUAUUCUGCGAUCAUUAACUGUGAUUAAAUAAAUUAUUCUAACACCAAAAAUGGGGAAAAAACGUAACAGACAACAUGAUGUCUCAGAGGAGAAUGCUGGAGAGUCAACAGAAUCCUGCGAAGAAUCUAGCACAGGUGCAAAGACUUGUCCACAUGUUCGAAAAGCGAUAGAUUUGUCAAAAGUCAAAAAAGCCUUGAAGAUUACUGGCAUUGCUAAAGAAUGUGCCGAAUGUGUCAAAGCUGGAGGACCUCCUAUUGGGGAUGAUGACGAAGGGUACGAACCGUUUAUACCGAUCCUUUGGAUCUGCUUGCGUUGCGGUAGCCAAGGAUGUGGUCGAGGUCAAAGACAGCAUGCCCUCCAGCAUUACAAAACACCACGGAGUGAGUGCCAUUGUCUAACUUUAGACACUCAUCGAUGGAGCCUGUGGUGCUACCAAUGCGAGAGUGAAAUCAAUGCGGAUUCUAGAAAGAAACUCUUAGAAUUAGUGGAAUUUAUAAAGAAACAAGCAAAUACUGCGAUUCAUUUGCCUCCACCCAGGCCAAUGUUGCCUGUGAUUGCGCUUCAGUAUGAUGAGGAUGAGAACAUUAAAGAGGCAAAAGAUUUAGACAACAAAAAAAAGACUACAAUUCCCAUGAACUUGUCUAGAGUUAAGGGACUGACAAACCUUGGCAACACCUGCUUCAUGAAUGCAGUAUUGCAAUGCUUAGCGCAAACACCAUUCCUUAUCAAGGUAUUAGAGGAUCUUCGGAAACCCGGUGAAAGAUUUCUGCUUCCAGGUGGAAAGUUUAAACCUUCUGCUGAUGCUGAGGAAAUAGAAUUGCCUCCGAUCGAAGGUACAUUGGGUUCAUGGGGAGAUAUCACUUCGAUACUCCAUUUUACUUUAACAGAUAUGCAGUCUCACACUGGCUCAGACGUUUGCAUACCGUCGCUUCUGUUGAAAGCCAUAGCUUUUAGAUUACAUCAAUUCGGAGGUGGAGAUCAGCACGAUUCACACGAAUUACUUCGCCAUUUACUGGAAUUAGUACGAAAUGAAGAUUUAAGGAGAUAUCAGACCAUAAUUCUGAGUAAAGUCGGGCUCAGUGGAAAGACAAACCCACACGGUGUAGAGGAAAAUUUGAAAUCUAGAGUAAAAUUUUACGGAAAUCAAGCUGGUGCUCGACUACUAGGACCAGAAAGAGUAUUCAGAGGAGUUUUGGUGUCCACUCUAGAAUGCUUAGAAUGUCACCAUUCGUCACAUCGUACUGAGCCGUUUUUGGAUCUAAGUUUGCCUGUCAUGGCAGACAAACCGCAGCCACCUGUGUUGAAGAGAAAAAAUAGCGGUUUAGAAGAUACGUUUGAUCUAAUGGGAAACAGCACCUCCAGUGCUCCAUCUAAACACCAGUUGAAAAAAGAACGAAAAGCAGCUAGAAAGAAUCGCAAAAAUAGGAGGCAGCAUUCUGCUAAUGGCGACUCUGCUUCAAACCAAAACAGUAUCACGGAAGAAAAUCAGGAGAACAAUUCAGACAGUGAAGAAAGUGAUGCAGACGUAGAAGACAACAUCGAAUCUGAGGCUUUGUCGCGACCAGAAGUCGCAGAAUCUGGGUACAGCUCGGAAAAACCGUCGGCUCUUGCCAGCCCAGUGUCUCCGGGGUGUUCGACGCCUGCUAAUAAUCGACAAAAAAAUGAUAUUGCUCCUAGCAACCUGCUGAUCGAAAACGAGACAUUACCGCAUUUAAUAGAUAAUACAACGGAAUCGACUAACCUGAAGAACAGUAGUUACGUGAAUACGCAAUAUACUCCUAGCCCCACAGACGUCUCCAUGACUGAUUUGACACAAUUGAAAUUUACCGCUGAAUCAUCUAGCUCUGAAAAAAUAAAUACAAGCAUCAAUGAGAGCCCAGUUAGGCCUGGUAAUAUAGACGAUUCGAAUGCAACAAAUUGGCUUUUACCAGACCUAUCAUUAACGAAUUCCAUGACAGUUAAUUCAGACUUAACCAGCCCUGAAGGACCGACAGUCAGCCCACUGAGUACCUCAAUCACGUCUAAGGAGAGUCCUACCAGUCCUGUGUCCAGUGCUGUACAGAGUCCCUGCGCUGAUGAAAUAGAACGACCGAUAUCCAGGCUGGAUCUUGUGAAGCAAGAUAUGUUGCGUGACUUCAUGGACGGUUCACCGAGGGUAUCUCCUGGGGACGUGGAAUCGAAUAAUUUCCCCACAGAUAAGAAAAGGGAAUACGAAGGGGGAUCCAAAAGUACAAAGAAGGAGCAUGUUAAUCACAACGGUGGCGUUGAGGAAGUAACAUUACGUUUUUCGCGGCUUGGUAUGAACAGUAACGGGCAUCAAUCCCCCUCUCGUUACCCAAGCGAAGAUGGAGAAUGUUCAGUUCAGUCUUGUCUGAAUCAGUUCACCGCAUUGGAACUUAUGAGCGGAAAUAACAAGGUUGGCUGUGAGGCAUGCACAGCAAGAGAGAACAAGGGCAAAGAAGCCAAGGGAGGGAAAAUGGUCUGCUGUCCUAGUACAAAACAAUAUCUAAUUUCUAGAGCGCCUGCUGUACUAAUUUUACAUCUGAAAAGAUUUCAAGUCCAGAGAGUUGUAUUUCGUAAGGUUACAAAACCCGUAGCUUUUCCAAUUACACUUGAUUUAGCUCCGGUAUGCAGGGGAAACGGUGGCCCCAGAAUUUAUUCUUUAUAUGGAGUUGUAGAGCACAGUGGUACGCUUCACGGUGGACACUAUGUCGCUUAUGUUAAGACGAGGCCGCUGUUGACCCCUGAUGAUCCAAGGUGGUCAUUUUUGCCAGCGAAGGAUACACAAGACUCAGAAGAUAGUCCGAGAAGUGGAAGUUCAGAAGAUUCUGAGGGUGAUGAAGCGUCGGCCAGACCUCCGUUAACCUGUGAACCUCCUCCAGGUCGAUGGUACUUCAUUUCUGACUCGAGAGUAAUGGAGGUAGACGAGACGAGAGUUCUUCAGAGCCAAGCGUACCUCUUAUUUUACGAAAGAAUUCUAUGAGUGAAUAAAAUUUGUAAUAAAUAGAAAAAUAAGAAUAAUUAGCAACUAAUAAUGGGAUAAGAAUUGUUCAAAGUACGUGAAACUGUAAAUGAUUUCAUAGAUAAGAUACUGAGCGUGUAAAGAUUUAGAUAAAACAAACGAAUUUCUUUUGUUUGCAAUUCUCGUAACAUUUUGAUAAGGUUUACCGAUGGAUCAUUGUUUUUUUUCUUCUUCCAUCUAGAUGUAUGAAAGCUAAGUGUUCUCUUUAUAGUCUACUAGUUCGAAAAACAAAAUAUACUCGCCAAACGUUUUACUAAAAUUGAUUUGCCAAACGGAUGCCUCCGUGCCUGAAUAAAAAAAAAAAUUAAUAUAAA